AUGGGGUGGGCAAUCGCAUUACACGGCGGCGCCGGCGACAUUCCACUGACUCUGCCAAAGGAACGCCGCGAGCCCCGAGAGGCCGCCCUCCACCAUUGUCUAGAGGUCGGUGUCGCUGCUCUCAAGGCCCAAAAGUCCCCCUUGGACGUUGUUGAACUUGUGGAAACCGUUGCCUUCAAGCAACCUUCUCCAAAUGGCAACUUGAGAAUAUCCAAGCUUUAUAAAAAUCCUUUUGAUAGACUUCAUCAAGCUGACCAGAGGAUGAAAAUAGCAGAAAGGGGGAAGACGAAAUUAUCGGGGUUAGUUUCCUUGCCAAUGGAGGCCAAGAGUGCUGAUGAAGAAGAUGGGAAACAUACUGCAGAAUUGAAAAAUAUAGGUGCUGCGAGGAGGUGUUGUGUGUUUAGCGAUAUGCGUGCAAUGGUGGAUUUGUGUUGGGGUAGAGAAGGAAGAGGGCAGAGAGGGGGUGAUGUGGCAUCGAGUGAGAGAGAGAAUGGGGAAAGAUGGGUGUGCAUGUUAAUCAGUGUAUGUCUUGGUUGCUGGGGGAAGGUACGUGAACUAGAAAACAAUUCGCACUUCAAUGCUGGUAAAGGAUCCGUGCUGACCAGCAAAGGCACUGUUGAAAUGGAAGCAUGCAUCAUGGAUGGUAAUUCAAAGAAAUGUGGAGCUGUUUCUGGUCUCACCACUGUUGUUAAUGCCAUCUCUCUGGCAAGACUGGUCAUGGAGAAAACUCCUCACAUAUAUCUUGCAUUUGAUGGGGCAGAGGCAUUUGCAAGGGAACAAAUAGGGGACAAGAAAACUGCAUCUGCUGUGUCAGCACCUCAUUCUUAG